UCCCGCCGCGCUCGGACGCGCUACUCAUUGGCUCCGAUCCUACGUUCGGUCUCGUAUUAUGGUAAUAUAAAUUGACCAACCGUAGAGCAAAUUCGGUUAGUUCGUUAAAGUUGAUUAAAGCCAUUUAACCGGGACGGACACGAGGAUACGAACGGCGCGAGCGUUCGUCGAUCCCGAGGGCUCGAUUAAAUGAAGUUAAAUUGUUUAAUAUCUGCGUCGUGCGAUCGCCGGUGAGCCGGAGUCGGGUGCCUGAGGCUGCAGCGGCCGCGACGGAGCCGAGCGAGGUGGGCGCGGAGGUAGCGGGCCCGCACCCGCCGCCGGCCGACUACAUGUACGUGUGCGGGGACGGCGCCGGGCCCGGCGCGCGCUACGACUGCGCCUUCGACGGGCCGCCGAUGGACCAGCCGCCCUUCGAGGACCACAUGUUCGGCGAGUUCGGCAAGGACCGCCACGUGCAGGUGGUGGUGGGCGCCGCGGGCGAGCUGCAGUACCGCGACGAGAUCCCCGUGUUCGCGAGUGCUGCAGAACAGAAGCGCAAGGAGGAGCCGCUGAUGCUGCAGCCGGUGGAGUCCACGGCGGCGCCGCACCCGCCGCCGCCACCGCCGCCUACUACUACGAAGAAAAGCGACAAGAAAAAGGGCGACAACAAUGGAAUAAAGAAGAAGAAAACAAGAACGACAUUCACAGCCUAUCAGUUGGAGGAGUUGGAACGAGCGUUCGAAAGAGCGCCAUACCCUGACGUCUUUGCAAGAGAGGAACUGGCUCUAAAACUUAACUUAUCCGAAUCACGAGUACAGGUAUGGUUCCAAAACAGAAGAGCUAAAUGGAGAAAACGUGAGCCUCCACGAAAGACCGGCUACAUCGGCUCUAGCUCACCAAGUUCGACCACCUUGGGCGGCGGUUUCACCGGCAUCGGGGGCAACCUGCCCGCAUUCCCUCAAAACGGCUUAUCAGCACCGGCGGACUCCUGGUCGUACCAGCACUCUUACGAGCUUUCCUCGCACCACUUGCUCUCAUCAAGCAGCAGUGGAUACCCCGCCUUUAACGCGCAGCCAGCGGCUUAUUCUUACACCACGGUUCUAAACGGGCACGACGGCCAAAUGUUUGCGCCGCGGCAUUCUUACGAGUAUGGCGAGGGCAGCCCGCCUCCCUUAGGUGUGCGGGAUUACCCAAUGAUGGCCGCUCACUCACCACAAAUGGAACCACAUGCGCAUGAGGAUAAGCUCGAAUAUCGCUCGCACGAGCACGAGGAUAAGUAUUCAGCUUGUGCAUUGCAGGAAGAACCGCCCAGGUACUCGCAACCACCAGAAGACUACGAGAAUAGCGGGAUGGUCCCCCACGAAAAGCACUACGAGAUGGAGAGGCACGGGGAACUCGGCCAACCAGUGGUCGUGAAGAUGGAGCCGACCUCCGGCCAAGCCUAUACUACUCUGCCCCCUUUUUUGAAUUGAAAUACUCCUUUUCGAAAUUAUCUUAACGCAGAGUAUAAUUUCGAAAAGGAGUAUUAUGAUUUUCCGAAUUUCCAGAUCGCAGCGCAACUUUGUUGAUGGUUGAUCUUAAUCCAAUUAAUUUACAUGACGUUCGCAUUUAAUUUUUCAUUACGAAUAGAGUAUUUUUAUUACUUUGCUAUUAUUAUGUAUGUAGGUAUCGUUGUGUGUAAGGCUUAGAUCAGUUAAAAGCAUAAUACUCGUAUGUAGGUAUUUUUAUUAAAUAAAUCUGUUUUCGAUGUAUUAAACAUUAGUGCCCAAAUUGGAGUGAAAAUUUGCAAUAAAUGUAAAUAGAAUUAACAAUCAGGAUUCUUAAAUUAUCUCUUAUUGAUAAAUAAUUAUAUUUUAGGAGUUAUAAAGUACUAUAUUAUGCUGUAAUUAUUAUGAUUAGUAACUUCACUUCUUGUGCAUUCCCUGUGCCUUAUAAAUGAUUUCUGAAGUCUUUUCAGACAAAAGAAACUUAAUUAUGUAUUUAUAAAAUGUUGAUGUUGUGUAGGUUUAUAUUUUAUGCAAGUUUGGUUAAAAGUAUCGAUAAUAUUAUCGACAAAGGGACGAUCGUUUUGUGAGAAGAAGUUUCAUAAAUAUUAUAACAUUUUUUGCUUUUAGUGUGGAUGAGUGUGUAUUGUAGGUUUAUUUAUCAAUUAAUUUCGGAUAAAUUAGUAUUAUAGGCAGCAUUACGAAAUACUUAUUAUAACAAAAUUGAAUCGCUGUAAAUAUAAUUAACGUGAAUGAU